UUGAGAUUAAACAAAUUUUAAAACAUUUUUAAUAUAUCCAUAUUUUAUUCAUAUACCGUACUCCACGUGAAAAUAAUAUAUAUCAAGCAAAUAUUCCAUUCUCUCGCUGUUUGCAGUGUUGGAAACUGCAAAUUAUAAAGUUUAUACUUAUAUGGAGCAACCCUGCGACUAAGAAGUUGUCAACUUUGUCAUUGCCACAAAGAAAACUGAAAGAAAAGCGAAUGAAGUGAAUAUUUUUAAGUUUGUACAAAAUACAUCAAUUUAAUAUAUAUUAAACAUAUACAAAAUAUACAUUUUGUAUUAAAAAGUACAAAAAGGUGGUGUUUUGCAACGUGUCCAUUUGAAAUGAUAAAAGGGAAUGUCGGAUAAAAUUCUAAUAAUAAAACAAGUUUCGUGCGUACUUUUGUAAACGUGAACCUACGCUUUUAUUUUCUAAUUGGUUUUUAACUUCGCCUUUCUAUUAGGUGAAUAGGACAGAACAAAAAUUCCAAUAAACAAAAUGAGAAAGUUGCGCACGGAAAUAUUGACAUAAAUUCACUACAUAUAAAUAAUAGUGUAAGUUAAAAUAUCCUAAAGUUAUAGCAACGAAAAGAACACAAGUUUCUGGAACUAAAAAAGCAAGAAGCGCUCCAGACGUUAGUGUCACAACACAGUUUACAAAUGGCGACAUCACCACGUUCCGUUGACACAAUAUCACUAUGUUCAACCGUUUCCAGUUGCCCAGAUCGCAACGGCUUUUAUGGUGGCUUUCAGCGCACAGAAAAACCAAAAGAACCACUCUCAAAGGCACAAAUUAUUGCAAGAGAAAAGAAGUGGUUGUAUAUGAUUGAUAAUUGGUCAUUAUAUAUGUCCAAAAAUUACAAAAAGAUUCGUGAUCGCUGUCGCAAAGGUAUACCAAAAUCGGUUCGUCCACGUGCUUGGUUCUAUCUUUCUGGUGCUUAUUUAUUAAAAAAGAAAAAUCCUACUGUCUACAAAGAACUACUUGAACAACCCGGUAAUCCACAUGUAAUCGAAGAGAUCAAAAAAGACAAACAUCGUCAAUUUCCGUUUCAUGAAAUGUUUUUGGAUGAGGAUAAAGUUGGACAAAUCGAAUUGUUUAAUGUAUUAAAAGCGUAUUCAAUAUACAAUCCGAAAGUGGGCUUUUGUCAAGCGCAAGCGCCCAUUGCUGCCUUCCUGCUUAUGCACCUACCGGCAGAAGAUGCGUUUUGGGUGUUUGUUAGUGUUUGUGAUGUUUACUUAGAAGACUAUUUCAUUACUGGUCUUGAGGUGCUGCAAAAUGAUGCUGGCAUACUGGAGGGGCUCCUCAAAAAAACCUGCCCACCCGCAUACCGACAUCUGCAAAAGCACAAAGUCGAACCGUUACUCUAUAUGACCGAUUGGUUUCUAUGCGCUAUGACAAGAACAUUACCAUGGGAAACACUGUUACGAGUUUGGGAUUGCUUUCUCGCCGAAGGCAUACGUGUCAUCUUCAAAGUAGCACUAGUGAUAAUUGGUGCUUCACUAAAUCAACACAAAGUUCGUAAACAGUGUAAUGGACUUUGUGAGACAUUAGAGGUGCUGCGCUCACCACCUGAGCAUGUGCUCGAAGAGGAUUUCAUUAUCAAUAAUAUACAAAGGCUAAAUUUACGUGUCGAAGAUUUCCAAAUCGAACAUACGCGACAAAAAAAUCGACGAGCCAAACAGAAGGCUAUGCAAGAGGCAGCUGCAGCGACGACGGCAUCCACAUCACACGGCAGUGCUGUGAGUAGCAGUAGUAGUGGUGUAGGCGGUAGUAAUGGCUAUAGGCUGUAAUGUUAGCUAGCACAAAGUGCUUAAAACCGGCAAAAGUGGAAAAUUGUGUGUAAAUCAUAGAAUGAAGCAUAAAACCCACAGCCGAGUUAAGUGAGGAGGUCUGACUUUGCACUAAGCUAUGAUGUGCAUGUAAGUAGUUGUUAAAGUUUUCCGUCCUUUACUUGGUUGUGGGAUUGUUUCGUCCCUUUUGGUAGCAAUUUUUUUCAGGGUGCUAAGCAUUCACACUCAAAGUUGUUUUUAUUGAUAAUAUUCUAGUAGAUAAGCAGUGAACAGAAAUAUAAAUUGAAUAGAAAACAUAAUAUUAAGAUAUUGAAACGACUAAUCAAGAAAUUUUAAAAUAAACGCACAGUAUAGAGAAAAGAAUUGCGAGUUACAGGCAAGUCUAACAGUCGAAAGUACAUACACACAAUUAUACAGACACUACAUUAACAACUAACAAUUCGAUACGCAGCCGCAGCAGUUGUCAUGGCUUGAUCUUUUAUUAGUUUGAAAUGUCGAAUAUCGAAGUAAAAAUGCACAAAAUAUAUUGUAUCCAUUUUCAUAGUUAAUUAUAGACAAUUAGCGAAAUUUACCUUAUGAAAACACAUGUGGGAGCUAAAUGACACACUAUUUGAAAAUAUUUGAAUACAAAUAUUACAUAUCAAAUAAAGUAUAAGGACAGACAGAGCACAAUGCACAGGCGCUAGCGUUAUGUGCAACUGCAGAGAAUGUUCAAAAUUUCUCAUACUUUCAAAUAUGUUUUGCAUUCAGUCACAUAACGACUAAUUUUAUUAAUUGUCAUUUGGUAUACUCGCAAUCGGCAUGGAAAAUAUAUAUAAUUGCAUACUGUGCUUACUAAUGCUUAACUGUAUUUUUCCCAAUUCAGUGCAAAUAAAGUAUAUUCUGAGUUGAAAAAUUUAACUUUAACUUUGGUCAUUCCAAAAAGUUUAUGUCUUCGUAUGUUUUACUGUAACAUUUUGCGAUACGAAUACAAAUUUUCGUAUUUCACUCACCAACAGUGUAAUUUAUAACUACAAAGUAAAAAUGAUUAAUAAAUUAUUAUUUAAACGAUAUGUACAAUUAAUAUUAUAUGCAGCUAUAAAGCUCUCAUACAUAUACAUACAUAUAUACAUAUAUUAUUAAUUAAAUUCGUGCAAUUUAUAUGCUUACCUUCCAAAGGAAAAAAAAAGAUUUAUAAAUUAAGUAUUAAAUAUUUAUGUUAUUAAAACUUCUUAUUUUACUUAUCGUUGUGCUGCUAGGCAAUUUUUUUUCUGCUGUUUAAGUUAUAAUUUAUAUUUAGGUUUAAGGCAGCCAUACAAUAAUUUAAAUAUUUUUUUCGUACGAAAAAAAUUUUGCUUUUACAUUUGAAAAUGCAAAGCUGUCUAAAAAGUAUAACACUUUGUUCAAUACACAUCUAAUAACUUUUUUUCAAUCUAAACUUUACUCUAAAUACACAUUAAAGCACAAAAUUCAAUAUUUUCUAAAUAGAAGAUGAAGCUGCAUACAUUCACUUACAUAAACAACGAAACUUUAACAACAUAAUUUUUUAAGCAAAAAAAAGGCAAUUUAUACCAAGAAAAAAACAAUUUAUAUUGAAAAUAUACAACAUUGGCAUUAAUUGACUGGUUUCACAAUGUCUUUUCCAUAAAAUUGUAAUAAUAAUAAUAUUUAUAUAUAUAUAUAUUUAAUUUGUGUAAGAAAUUGCAACACUAUAUACAAGUAUUCAUAUCGUUAUGUUCAUAACCACACAAUUUAUUAAACGAACUUAUUAAAAGCUUUAUUUAUUAACGGACACAAAUACAUAAAGAUUUGUAUAUGUCUGGUUCUUCCAAAUUUUCACGAACCCCCCACAAAUAAAAAUAAAAAUACAAAAAUUAUUGUUCAAUAAAUUUUUUCGUGUAUUGACGUCAGGUUUGGGAAUUUUUUAAUUAGAAAAUCUAUUUUUUAAUGCCAAAAUCGGAAUUAAAAAUUUAGUUUCUAAUCCAAGAUGUUGGACUUAAAAAUUAAAUUUUCAUUCAAGAUGUUUGGGAUUAAAAUUUGAAAAUUUAAUUUUUCUAUUUAACAAUAAAAAUCAAUUUUUUUUUUAACCUUAAACGUCUUAAAAUCUUAAAACAAAAAUUGUUAAAACAUUAACCGUUUGAAUGGAGUAUUGAAGAUGAUGAAUUUGUGUGAGCACUAGUUGAAUGUAGCAGAACAGGAAGUACGCAAACGCGAAAAUAUAUAAUAUAAAUUCUGAAACAUUUGAUUUUUAAUUGUAAGCUUUAGAUUACAAUUAUUUUUCAAACCGGUAUUUAGGAUUCAAAAUAAAAUUUUUAAUUUAGUUGUUUCUAUUUAAUUUUUAAUAGCUCAUUAAACAAGCAAACCUUACAGAAAUCAUACACUCUUAUUGCUAAACUCGAGUAAAGUAAAUAUUAUAUAACACAUUUUUGCCCAACCCCCAAAAAAAAAAAUGCCCAUAAGGAAACACAACACUGAACUCUGUAUGUACUUUCGAAAUUUACAAUUUUUAAAAAAUAGAAUUCUACAAUAACUGGUGAUGAGUAAAAGAAUGCUUGUAACCGUGAAUUUUUAAUGAAAUAUGUAUAAAAAUGAAGUUUAAUAAAAUGUGUAAGACUUUGGAAAAACAUA